GGGCAUCACCUCGCUCUCGCCAUGCACCAAGGCACUAACGUAGGAUUCCCGCUCGAAGCUGCGUAAAAAGUUGAGCACGUUGUUUGUUUCGAUGUCAUUGCAAUUCCAGAAAACAACGGAGCCCUCGCGAAAAAAGAAUAUCUCACGAGGAUCUUCGCCUGUUGGAUACUUGGCCGUCACAAAUAGCACGCUCUGCUCCACUCCCAGAUUGUCGGUGGAGAAGAAACGUUUUGUCUCGUACAGAUUUUGUUGCCUGAGCGCCGCAUGCAACUCCUCCAGAUUGUACUCAUCGGCCGUGGUGAAGCCGCGCGCAUUAAGGAAGCCCAACGCUGACAUUUCAUCAACUGCCAAACGCUUCUUGCGCAACGCACGCGAUCUGCUGGGCAACAUCGUUUCCAGUGGUUCAUUCACCACGGGCAAAGGCUUAACUGUGCUCGCCGGAUGCGUCUUGUGUGUCUUCGAGCGCCCUCCAGUCGUUGCGCCUGCGUCUGUUGGUGUGGAUAUGCUGCUGGCAAAACAUCUGUGGCUUUGGAGAUGGAGAUGCCAUUCUGGCGCAGUUGCUCUCCAGUUGCAUUGUGGCUGCGUGAGCUUGGAAGUCAGUAUUCAAUUCAACAGUAUAAACAUGGAAAACGCCUUGUAUGCAAACGUCAAAAGACUCUAUGAUCAUGGCUUAUACGAGUGCGUUAUAACAACGGCUGGUCUGCUCUCCACUCUGCUACAAAAUGACCGCAACAUAUGCACUGUGGAAAUGGAAUAUCCCACAAUGUUAUUCCUAAGCCAUGCCAACUAUGAAGAGCGCAAUUAUCGCGUUGCCGCCCAGCAGAUGGAGUCUGUGCUGGUGCAGCGGAAGUCGGUGCAACGGUAUAAGAGCAGCUUUCUCUACGGCAUUGAAAAUUCCUAUCCACAGUUCCAGGAGCUAGAGAUGCGCUUUAAACUUGCUACUUGCUAUCGCCAUCUAUGUGAUUAUUCCAAGGCCAUAUUUACGCUGCGUGGCACAAAGGAGCGCACGCCCAGGCUAAAUAUGUUGCUGGCGCAGCUGCUGAAGCUGCAUGGCAGCACCUUGGGAAAGACGGAAACAAUACAAGCCUUUAAGGAUGUGCUAGCUGAAUGUCCCAUGGCGCUUACGGCGAUAAAUGCGCUCAUCGAGCUGGGCGUCGAUGGCAACGAGGUGAACUCGUUAGUAUUAAAUGCUGCACCAGUGCCCAAGCCCAUAGAGUGGCUAAGCAACUGGAUCAAGGCCAAUGCACUUAUGUAUGGCUGCAGGCACAUUGAGGCCGCCAAGACGUUCCAGAAUAUCAAUGACACCACCUUGUUUCGCCAGAAUGACUAUUUGCUUACUUACAUAGGUAAAUGCCUCUACUAUUAUGGCAACUAUGUGCAGGCGGAGCAGUAUUUGGGCAUGGCGGCCAUGGUCAAUCGUUAUAACAUGGAAGCGCUUAUGCCGCUUUCAGUUGUGCACGAGUUCAACAACAAAAAGGAUCCGGAUCAUGAGAAGCUCUUCUUGCAGCUGCGCAACGUAAUGCCCUGCGAGUUCACCACAGCCCAUUGGUUCAUCUAUGCCCAUCAUGCGUAUAUGAACAAAAAGUUUGAGCGGGCUCAUGAGUUUGCCGAGCGUGCUUUGUCGCUGGAUGGGCGCAAUAUUGAGGCGCUGCUGCUGCGCGGCAGGAUGUUCACGGCUCAAGGACAGGCUAAGGAUGCCAUUAAUAUAUUUCGCUCGGCUCAGAGCUGUGCGCCAUAUCGCUUCGAAGUGUACAAAGGGCUGCUCGCCUGCUACAAGCGCUUGAAGCGCAUGAAGGAGGCGCAGGCCAUUUGUGUGCUUACCAUCCGCUACUUUCGCACCUCACCCCGCAGCUACACCAUGUUCGGUGAUGCGCUCUUCCACUCGAACAAUCCCGCCGCCAAAAAGAACGCACGCAAAUUUGCAGAAAAAGCAGUACGCAUUGAUGAUUCCUAUUCGCCGGGUAUAGCGCUCAUGGCGGUCAUUUGUCAGCAUGAGGGUGCCAUACAGGAUGCCAUUGAGUUGCUGCGCAAACAGGUCACACGUUAUCCGCAUCCCAAGCUCUACACCAUGCUGGCGGGACUGCUGAGCAGCGAAAAGGAUGUGGAUGCCGCCUUGCAUUAUUUCUCCAGGGCCCUAGCCAUGGAGAGUACAUGCCAGCGCGCCUUGGAUGGUAUCAAUGCCUUGUCUAAGGCCGCUCGUGCCGUUAAGUCAGGCAGUGAUUAUACUAGUAGCACUGCUGAUGUAAGCAGCAGCACCACCACCGGCCCCAGCACCAGCAGCGGCAGUGGAGCGACAGGCAUGGGUGCAACCUGCGGUACACCGCAUCAGGAUUGGCUUUUGGAUGGUGAGGACACGACGUCUCGCGAUGCGCUGGAACUGUCCUCUCCCGCUAUGGCGAAGGAUGAUGAUGACUCCGACGCAUUCUCUGAUCCCUUUUGGGAGGAUGUCGAUGGAGAAAUGACUAACUAAAUUUUAUGUGCGACUACAGUACAGUCUUGUAUCUUCUUUGGUACAACAAAUUAAACGUAACUAUCCUAUUUCUUUAAGUAAGGUAUUUAUUUAAAGAAAUAUAAGAAUUCGGUCCGUUUCGAUAGUUUAUGUGCACAGGCGGU